UAGCCCAACAUAGGAAAAGCAAAUAAGAAUUUCAACCCACUAACAUCUGCCAGGAUAACGAGCCGCUGGAAGCCUUGAUUAAGCCUCCGCCCACCUUCUGCUCUUAACAAGUCAAGCCCUCAUGCUGAGUUGCAUCACAGCUCUGCUCCCAGACGCACUGGCAAAUAAGACCAGAAUAACAUUUUCUCCGUACUGAAAUAUAAAGAAGCGAAGGAGUAACAUUUGUAAAUGACAAGAUGUUACAAUCCAGGAGAAGCGUUGAAGCCGAAAAACAUCAAUUACAGGAGCUCAACAACAGACUGGGCCAGUACCUGUCAAGAACAAUGCAAUUGGAGCAUGAAAACGCAAUCCUCAUAACUGAAAUAAACAAGAUAAGACAAGAGAAGACAGUGGAAUGGGACAACCAAUGUAUGGCUGAAAUGCGGGACCUGAGGAGAAUGGUGGGGCAACUAUCUUUUGAAAAGUCCCGAGCCGAGACUGAACGAGAGAAGCUUUGGCAAGAGUUUCAGAUGUUACAGUUGAUGUGUUGUGAGGAGCAGGUAGUAUGCAAAGACAUAGGUGGAGAGCUAAAAGGUUGCGAGAAGCAGCUUCAUAAAGCUCAACAGACCAAUGGGGAACUUGAAGAAUGUCUGUUCCAGCUUGAGAACGAGCACAAAUUCAUUGAGGAUGCACACAGACAAGAAAUGACCAAGCUCCGGAGCCAGGUGCAUUCACGACCUAUUGUUACCCAAACCUACCAUGGUCCUCCAGCGGUCUCGAUGGAAGAGAUGCAACAUUAUGCCCUCAGCCUGUCCGAAGGAUGGACGGACACCUUAGAGGUGUAUCGAAGGAAGGUCGAAGAUAUGGAGGAAUCGAUCAACGCGGACCAGACGAGGCUGGAUGAUCUCCAAAGGGAAAAGAUGCAGUAUGCCUCAGAGUUUGACAAAUUACGUAAAGAGGCUGAAAAGCAAGGUCAGAUUCAAAUACACCUGGAGGAACAGCUCAUAUACAUGCAGGAUAACUUCCACGGGGACAUCACCCAGUAUCAGGUGAUUAUUGAUCAGUUGGAGCGGGAGCGGGAAAUGUUGGCCAACACCAUGGCAGAAAAGGUCAGAGACCACCAGCAGCUACUGCAGGUCAAGAUGGAUCUGGGCAUGGAGGUGGCUUACUACAGGGCGCUUAUUGAAGGAGAUCAUCAGCAGCAUCUGCAGUCAAGAGGAAGAGUCAUAGAUAUUAAGAUGAUGCCUCCACAACAGUACAAACCAAGAGUUUUCACAUCCAGACAGGAUGUAAGGAAACAUCUGGAUGUGAAAUACAUGGAGCCAACCUCAAGCUUGAGAAGAUCACCUGUUCCAUCUCAGUAUGGUCGCACCAGUCCUUCCAGGGUCAUACCUAUCUCAGUCAAAGGAAGCAGCUACAACAGGAAUCAGAGUCCUACCACCAGAAGGGACAUGGUCUCAUUCACUAAAUCCCAGUCUGCAUCCUCAAGCUCUUCCUCCACUACCGUUAAACCUGUGGCCCAGAGUACGGUCAGGAAAAAUAUAGAUGCUCAGAAGAAAGUUGUGGAGGAGAGGAGUGUGAGAAUCAAAGAGGUGUCACAACACUCAGCUAAGUAUUCUCUUGACCAUUCACGAGGCACAGCAAACACAUCCAGUCCCAUUGCCUCACCCACUGCUGACCCCAAAUCAGUAAGAAUAGUGUCACCACCAAUGAUGAGUCUUAGCAGAAACACAGAGGAGGACAGCAAAAAGAAAGCAGAGAGGCAAGUUGAAAGAGAGGUGAGAGGAGAUGCAUUUGGUCUUCAGAAUGUCAAGAUGCAUGCCAAAGAUGGCAGCAUUACAGCAACCACGACAAGUGAUAAGAUGGUCCUAGACUCUGUGUCUAUGGAGGAACUCAUUGAGAAGGUCAUGAAACCUGCUGGUUUGGAUCGAAAGGUCUGCAGCUCAUCUCCAGACUCCAAGAUCACUUACCAUGUGGAGAAAACGGAGAAGGAGGACGGGUCAACAAAGACACAGAUUAUCCUGGAGUCCAAGGUGCAGGAGGAGCUGGAUAUGUCAGAGGACUUUGCACUGGAGGAACUUCUCAGCAAGGAAGUGAAACACGUGUCACUGGAGGAUAUCAAGGGCACUGCAACAGGAAACAUGAUUCAGAAUCUGCUCAGCCUUGGGCUGCAUGGAGGAGAGGACAUGGGAAACAAGACUGUCAAUGUGGAGAUCAUCGAGGAACCAGUGGAGGGUUACAGUGACGAGGAGUACGAGUUUGAGGAGAAGUCCACACCCAAGUUCUCCCAGCCCUCUUCAAUGUUCUUUCAGAUUGAAGAACUAGAGAAUGACCCUCACGGCACCAUAUACCAUGAGGGUGGUGCUGAAGUAAUGAAAACCUCCAUGACAGCAGCAAACUAUGGCAGUAAUGGUGGAUCUGUGAAGGUCCAGGAAGACUUCAGAGAUAGUGAAUCUCCAUACUACAGCCACAACCAAGAGUCUCAAGAGUAUUUUGUCUCCACACCUGAUGGAAAUCUGUCAGAGCCUGAGGAGGGUGGUGGUAUAGCAUCAUAUGGACAUGGUGAACGACCCUCCAGUGGUGGACGAAUGGUGGACGACUUUUCAGAUGAAAGGUACUACCAGGAGGGGGAAGUCUCAAAGAACAGAAUUUUUGUUGAGGAAAGCGAUAGUUACAGACCUGCAUCGGACAGCCAGUACAUGAAAGAUGACCACUCCUUGGCCCAAAAUAGUUACUCAGAGUGCAUCAUUGAAGAGGAGACCAUCCGUGUCUCCCCCACAGUGCAGGAGUCAAUGCUUGGAUACCUGAGAGAGGAAACCUUACACCCCAAAGAGCAACUGAGGGGAGCCCUAGAGAAGCUCCAAGGAACAGUGUCAGGGAGCCUGAAAGAAGAGUUGGCUCUCCUCACAAGACGCGGCAGUGAUAGUCCUCAGAACAUAUCUGUGGACAUAAAAAAAGUACACCAGUCCUCUGACAACGGAACCACGACUAUUGUGGCAGAGCUCAAGAGCUCAACAACUCUAGAGGACUCUGGGCAGCUGGGGGAGCAGGGGGAUGAUGUAUCUGAGGAGCAGAUAAUGGCGGCUCUAUGCUCCUCCAACCUUGGAGCAGAGGGAGGAUACACCCUGGACACAAAGGAGAUGUGCUGGGUGACUAGCAGUGAGGGACAGGGAGGCGAGUCCUCAACUGAUGUCACUGAGAAGCACAUCAAGCUGGGGCCAUCAGAGAAGUCAUUCCCAUUCCAGAUGGAUGUAAAUAAUGGCCAAGGACAGGAUCCCCCACUGAAGGUCACUCAUAAGAAAAGAGUUGCCACAGUCUAUCUUGAAUCUAAUGAAGAUUAGUUCUGAUUCAAAUGAGAUUUUUAUUAUAAUACUCCCCAUAUUAAGUCACACAUCAGUCAAUCAGUUGCAACAAACUGUAAGGUGAUGUUAUUCAAUGUGAUUCAUAAAUUGCUAUGCCUACAAUUGUGAUAAGAGUACAAAUUAUAGCUACUGCAUAUAUAUAUAUAUAAAAGGUUUUAAUAGCAUUUGUUACCCAUUUUCGUACUAACCUGUACCACAGAAUAGGGCUGUCUUUUUGCCAGAGAUACUAUAACCAAAUAUGGAACAAUGCUAAUAUAUCCUCCAUUGUUAUGGUUAAUGUUGCAGUCUUAAAACAUGUUCAACAUUUACAGUAUGUAUCUAGAAAAAAAACAUUAUACCUAUUGUUUCCUGUAAUGCCAUGUUAUUUUUAACCACAUUUAAAGCUAGUGGUUUGUUACUGAGGGAGUUCCUGUUGUUAAUAAGGUUGUUAAUGCUUAUUAAUUGUUCAUGCUUGUUAAUGCUAAUGAUGGCUAUAUUUGAAUGUGUUUAUGAUCGGGGACAAUAGUAUGUGUAUCAUGUCUUGUCAAAUGAAAUCUACUCACUAUUAAUGAUUUGAAUUGGAAAGAAAAAAAAGAAAAAAAUCAAAUGCAAUUCUAAAUCAGAUGGGGUGUAAUCGAGUGAUUCUGAUCACCACUUAGCAAAACCACUAAAUGUUUUCUACACGUAUGACAUUACUAUUAAGUUUCAAAAAUUUGUACCCUCAAAAGGGUUUUAUAGUUUAUCCUUCCGGUUCCCUCACCAUGAUCUUUUAACCUGCAAAUAGCUUUAGAGGGAACAAGAAGAAAUCCAACCAUCUUGAAUUCCAAAGACAGGUGUUUUUCUCUGCUUGUAGAGACACUGGUAGCAAGACAGACAUACUGUAAACAAGGUGGAGUGAACUUAAGGAAAGGAGAGACAGACAACUAGAGAGAGAAGCUGGAGAUAAGCAUAUGGUUCAUGUCUAAGACAAGACCUGUACAUCUACACUGAACAAAAAUAAACACAACAUGCAACAA